CAUAAAGCUAAUGUUUGGAACCAAUCCUUGAUGAAGAGUGAGUAACUCUCCGGAACAUAUAUACCUAGGUAGGUACCCGUCCCCGUUGCGAAGCAGCUUGUUCUUAUGAAGACAAAUUGUUCGAUAUAUCCUUCCCAUGCUGACCCUUAUGGGUUUGUCUUCUUACUCACAUCCCAUGCCGAUGACGUCCGGCUGAGGGAAUCUCUCUCUCUUGAUUAACUGCUCACGUGAUCAGUACUUUUGAGGGUCAAACAUGCCAGAACCGGAUACGCAUGGGAUGCUCGAUGGACAUUGUCGAAGUGUCGUAAAUGCAAUGUCUUUUCCCACACGACAAAUGAUCGCAACUGGGCCCUUGCUUAUAACUAUAGGCAAUGCCAGGGCCUCUAUCAUUGGCACGGAGGGGCAAAUGGUGCCCCGCCUGAAUAAGCAGGUUACAAUUCGGUCAGGGGGACAGCCUCCGAUGCCGAAAAGGAUGUGUUGUGGAAGCCUCACUAGCCCUUCCAGACAAUCCCGGUUGCGUGGCUGCCCAUCUUGUUCUGGUAUUCAUCACUUCCUUGCUUGUCAUUAUUCGCGUUGUGCACAACUUACCUGCGACUUGUUUCUGUCUGGGAUUCAAGCCAGUUUCCGGCGAUGUGCAUAUUACCUUGAUAUCAAUCUCAAACCAUCCGGCCGUCUGACUGCGAUUACGGCACGAACCCCCAACGCAUGCGCCCUCUUAUCACAUUUGAAACCUCACCGUCCUAAAUCUCUGUGCUUCCGUCUUCCUGGUCCGAACCAGGUCGCUAUAGCCAAAAGACAGCCUGCUCUACUUGCGAGACCGUCGAAUCCGACACACUCUGGGUCCGAACCCGACGACCGAUAAUCAACGUAAUCAAGGAAGUCCUUUCGUUGGCCCCACGGCGCUGCGAGGCUCUCCUGAACACUCCAGUACCAACCUUCAGGU